AGCUCCACAAACUCCGCACCGCCAAAAGGAAAAAAAUAAAAAUAAAAAUGGGGGCCCCGCACUAGCCCUCCGGGCGAAACAUGGGAGAGAGAUCGAGCUCCUCAGCAGAGGUGGGGGAGCGGGCGCCGGCCGGGCACGGUGGGUGCCCGGUCCCGCGGGGGUGUCAGCUGCAUCUGCCAGGACGCGGGCGCCAGCGCGGGAAAGGCGCCGCCGGGCCCCGCCCCCCGCUGUCCCGGCCGCUUUGGCGCGAACCUUCAUUCCCGGGUGCUCGCCUCGCCGCCGCCAGCAUGGGUCUGUCGCGCCCGCAGCGCCGAGCUUCUUCAGGAAGGAAAAACUUAACAGCGUUCCGAAAUACGAAACUGAUUCCUAUGGAAACAUCCUCAUCCUCCGAUGACAGUUGUGACAGUUUUGGUUCUGAUAAUUUUGCAAACACAAAAUGCAAGUUUAGGUCGGAUAUUAGAGAAGAACUGGCAAAAAUUUUUCACGAAGCCUCUGAUGAUGAGUCCUUCUGUGGCUUUUCAGAAAAUGAGAUUCAAGAUGCAUUGAAAUUGGAAUCGGAUUCAGAGGAGAAUGAUACACGUGCUGAAAGUGAGGCCGCUCAGAGAAGGCAGAAAUAUGCUCUUCCUCUAAAAGUAGCCAUGAAGUUUCCGCCUCGAAGAUCCGAGAGGAGGAAGCAUGAGAUAGAACCUCUUCCCGAAAAUCUGAUGCCUGAUCCAGAUUCAGACUCUGACUCUGAAGAAAAGGGUGCUAUGUUUUUAGAAAAAAGAGCUUUAAACAUAAAGGAAAACAAAGCAAUGCUUGCAAAACUAAUGGCCGAGUUGCAAAAUGUUUCCGGUAUCUUUGGUGGGAGAAAAUCAUUGCCAACUGUGAGUCAAGGACCAAAGCGACUUCCAAGGCGUUCAUUGCCCAGAAGUGCUUUGAGGAGGAACCCAGACCAAAGUUCUCGGCCUCACACAAGAUCCAGGUCCCUGAUUGAAGGUCCUCCUACUCCUUUGCCAGAAGAGGAAGAGGAUGACCGCUACGUCUUAGUGAGAAGAAGAAAGAUAUCUGAUGAACUCCUGGAGCAUGAAGCCCGAACUCCCAGGAGGGGUCACCGUGGUGCCAUGGCUUUUCCACACAUUGUGCGCCCAGUUGGGGAAAUAACAGUAGAAGAGCUGAAUAAUAUUUGUGGAUCUGCAAGAGAUAAAGUAUAUAACAGGGCCAUGGGAUCCACCUGUCAUCAGUGCCGCCAAAAAACCAUAGACACCAAGACAAAUUGUCGUAACCCUGAUUGUAUAGGAGUACGGGGCCAGUUCUGUGGGCCGUGCCUCCGCAAUAGGUACGGGGAAGAUGUCAGAACGGCGCUGCUGGAUCCGACCUGGAGGUGCCCACCGUGUCGUGGAAUCUGCAACUGUAGCUUCUGCAGACAGAGAGAUGGCCGAUGUGCUACAGGUGUCCUGGUCUAUCUGGCCAAGUACCAUGGCUAUGACAAUGUCCAUGCCUACUUGAAAAGUCUGAAACAAGAACUCGGAAUGGAAGACUGAAGCCGUGACUGCCAUUAGAUUACAUACUCUUUCACUAAUGUCAUAUUACUGCCUACAGUGGAUUGUUUAAUCAAAUGAGAUCACAAAGCCAGUGCCUUCCUUCUCUCCCCUUUUGGGUAAAAAAGGAUAAAGAACUUUCACUUAUCUCAGUGCAAAUCAUACUUGGGAAAGCUGUUUAAUGAAGGUCUUUGCCCACAGGCCAUUGUUUUCUUUUUAAACAACUUUGCAAAUCAGAUAGCAUCAGUCCUUGCUUUCAUGCCAAUAACUUUUUUUUCUUUCCUGAAAGGAGAUGGGGCUUUAAGCCAUUAGAGUUCUGUUCAUGCUCUAUUCAUGCUCUAUUCAUCUGUGCUGCAGGUGUAUUUGUGGUUUGAAGUUGAUCACAAAAAGAUAUAGAAGUUCUGAAAAUUCAGGUGCUGUUCCCUGCAGAACCAAGCAGGGAAAGGUAUGUGCUUAACUCCAGGCCGACUUCUGCUGCAGUAUAGACUCUUUCUAUAAAUGAUCAAUUAGAAGCUAAGAAUUCUCUAAGACAACAACACAUUCUUAAGUUCAAAAAGGAAGCCCUAGUUGCAGCUGAGCAGUCUCCAAGCACUAAUAUUUGGUUUUAUAGAGUACUCAAAGUGCGCAUUGGCCAUUUCAAGGGAGAUUCUCCAAGUGACUUAAAAGCUGCAGCAGAAGCAGUUGGGGUGGCAUUUUUUCUCAGAUGAGGAGGCCACUGCUGAAAGCUUCCCCAGCACCAGCACUAGCAUCGCGUAGUGAUGCCACUGAUGUGAACGUACUGGUAUACAUUGUGGAGUGACCACUCCGUCAAAACCAGAAUGUACCCUUUGUUAAAUUACUAGUUUUGUGGGUUCUCUUCUCCCUGCUCUUGCUGCAGCUGCAGAACUGCUGCUUCGCAGAAUCGGCGCUGGUCCUGGGGAAGAGGGAUGCCUCCAGACCAGGGCCUGGUUACAUAGAGGAGUAGCAGUUCCUGUGGCUAUUGGCCAAGUACAAGUUGGUGAAAGAUGGUAACUUGUUGAAUUUGGUUAUCAAGAAAAAGGGCAAUGACAAACAGUCACUGGAAUCAGAAGCCUGAAUUUUUUUACUUUAAAAAAAAAAAAUAAAAAACAAGGGCUUUCUAAGCUCCAGUUCAGCUUAAAGAGAGUUAUUCUUCCAGUUGCAUAGAGCAGCAUAAAUGUAAAUAGAUAAUGUUCUCAAGAAACACCCCUGUUGUAGUAACAGAUGAGGAAGAACGAUUGCCUCAUCAAAAAGGCUUUUAAAAAUAAAUAAAAAGGGAGAUGUAAUGGGUUGCAAGCAGUUUGUGAGCACUUACAAAUGUGGUUAGUGCUGUGGUCUCCUCCUUAACUGUCCGGCUGUAUUUCUGUAUCUGGCUCCGCAUGAUUGUAGAAGGAUAUUGCGCGUGAUGUCAUUAAUGAAGCAUGAAUACAGCAAAAAUGGAGCAGAAGAAUUCUAAUGUGCUGUGUUGUGGAUGGGGUCUUGUGUACUCAGUGCUGUAGAAAAAAAGGUGCCAUGAAAAUUGCACCUGGAGAACCGAACCACAAAGUGUAUAAAUGCACUUAGUUUGGUUAUGGAAACUACUGUAUAAGUUUUGUAUAGGAUUUAGAAUGCGAUGUUAUAAAUAAUGUACAGUUGAAUAGUAGAAGAAUCAACUUGCUUUUAUUGAGCACUGGUAUUUUAUUGACUUCUCUGCACAGUAUUUGCACUGUGUGUAUACAUAACGAUCCACAGUUUAUACCUUUCUGGGAAUGACAUCAGUGUGUGUGGGAGGGGCAGAGAGAGGAGUUUAGAAACAAAAGAUAUUUAUGUCUCAGACUUGCAGUUCUGUUUCAUAAAUCAUCUAUUCUCUUGAAAAUCUGUCCUCUCUUUGUCUGGUUUUACAGUGUGAAUAGCUGUGCAAUGUGAGGCGGAGGGCGUUCUACCCUCUGGGUACAUUUCAUGAAGAAGGAACUCUAGAAAUACAUGUUCUGACAGAGAAGAACAAUUUUUAAAAUAAAAAUAAUUUUUUUUUUUCAAAUUGCUGGGCUUGCCUUCUGAUUGCUAGAGCAUGAAGGGACUGUGGUAACAGUGAACCCUCGCGUCCUAUCACAGAGACUGCUGUAUUUAGA